UAGUUAUCUGUUCAUUACCUUAUAAUUGUCCGACAUCUAAUUUCGUCAGUUCAAAGACGAAAUGGAAGCUCUUAUUCCUGUUAUAAACAAACUUCAGGAUGUUUUUAACACAGUAGGGUCCGAAACAAUACAAUUACCACAGAUUGUUGUUAUAGGAAAUCAGAGUUCAGGUAAAAGUUCUGUUCUUGAGACACUAGUCGGCCAUGACUUUCUACCCAGAGGUACAGGCAUUGUCACCCGUAGACCACUUGUGCUGCAACUUCUGCAUAUAUCCAAAGACUGUUCAUCUAAGAGUAGGCAGGAGGAUAUGCAAAAUGUUACAGCACAAGAAUGGGCUAAAUUUUUGCACACAAAAAAUAAAAUUUACACAGACUUCGGGGAAGUGUGUAAGGAAAUUGAAAAUGAAACAGAUCGAAUGUCUGGUACCAAUAAGGGAAUCUGUCCUGAGCCUAUUGUCUUAAAAAUCUAUUCGCCAAAAGUAGUCAACUUGACCCUCGUUGACCUGCCAGGUCUGACUAAGGUACCUGUCGGUGAUCAGCCCCCUGAUAUUGAAACUCAGAUUCGUGAUCUGGCAAUCCAUUAUAUUUCUAAUCCCAACUCUGUCAUCCUGGCAGUUACAGCAGCUAACACAGACUUUGCCACAUCAGAAGCUUUAAAAUUGGCCAGAGAUUUUGACCCAGAUGGUCGGAGAACCCUAGCAGUUAUAACCAAAUUAGAUUUAAUGGAUGCCGGGACAGAUGCAAUGGAUGUUCUGUGUGGUCGAGUGAUUCCUGUCAAAUUGGGUAUAAUAGGUGUGGUUAAUAGAAGUCAAGCAGAUAUCAACAAUAAAAAGGAACUAGCUGAGUCUUUAAAAGAUGAGGCCACCUUUUUGCAAAAGAAAUAUCCAUCUAUAGCAAACCGUAAUGGUACACCUUAUCUUGCCAAAACAUUAAAUAGGUUACUGAUGCAUCACAUUAGAGAUUGUUUGCCUGAAUUAAAAACUAGAGUGAACGUUUUGAUAGCACAAUUUCAAUCUCUUCUCAACUCUUUUGGUGAACCAAUCAGUGACAAGAGUCAACUACUGCUUCAAAUCAUCACAAGGUUUGCCUCAGCUUAUUGCAGCACUAUAGAAGGAACUUCAAGAAAUAUUGAAACAUCAGAACUGUGUGGAGGUGCUCGUAUUUGUUACAUUUUCCAUGAAACUUUUGGAAGAACAUUAGAGUCUGUCGAUCCCCUUGGUGGACUCAAUGCUAGAGAUAUCCUCACAGCCAUCAGGAAUGCUACUGGUCCGAGGCCUGCUUUGUUUGUCCCAGAAAUUUCUUUUGAGUUACUUGUAAAACGACAAAUCCGUCGACUAGAAGAGCCCAGUUUAAGAUGCGUAGAACUUGUCCAUGAAGAAAUGCAAAGAAUGAUUCAACAUUGCGGGACACAUCAAGAAAUGUUGAGAUUUCCUAAACUUCAUGAACGCAUUGUUGAUGUAGUGACAAACUGUUUGCGUCAGAGGUUACCCCCAACAAAUGCCAUGGUUGAAAAUUUAGUCCAGAUUGAACUGGCUUACAUCAAUACAAAGCAUCCAGAUUUUUCUGAAGCCCAACUUGUUCACAAAGCUAUGAUGGGAAAUAACUUAGUGGAGAAUGAUACUCACAAGACCCACAGCCAGAGAAAUGUUCUGGAUAAAAUACAAGAGGACAAAGAUAGAACAUCCUCAUCCAUUACAAAUGUAAGGUUCUUGCCAGAUGGAAGCAUUAGGGAGAGAAUAUAUGAGAAGUCAACUCCACCACCUGUUGUAGAUAAUCUCAAUGGAAGUUCCUGGAGACUUUCUAAUUUGAUGAGACAGAAUAGGGCUGAUCAAGCUUCUAGUGACAGGUCAUCUGAGCCAUCAAAUUCCUUGCCAGGCAGUGGUGCCAAUAGUGCUAGUCCAUCCCCGUCCAGAACUAAGAAAGGAAUUAAUUUACUGCCUGAAGUGCCAGAGCAGCCAGUAAUGAAACUAUCUUCCAGAGAACAGAGGGAUUGUGAAGUUAUAGAACGUUUGAUCAAAUCUUAUUUCAUGAUAGUCAGAAAAAAUAUCCAGGAUAGCACGCCCAAGGCAAUCAUGCAUUUUUUGGUGAACCAUGUCAAGGAUCAUUUACAGAGUGAACUUGUCUGUCAGCUGUAUAAAAAAGAAGAGAUAGAAACUUUAUUAGAGGAAUCAGUGCAUAUAGCAGCACGGAGAAAAGAGGCUUCAGAAAUGCUGCAGGCCUUGCAACGAGCUAGCCAGAUCAUUGGAGAAAUUAGGGAGAUACACCUCUGGUAGGGGGAUACACCUAUGGUAAUGUGACCUACAGAUCUCUCUGCUGCUUGGACUUCUAAAGCAUCUAUACAAGCUACUUUGUUUAUGAGAAACUUCAACUUUUAAAAGUUAUUUUUUUUUAGAAAUAAUAUUUAUCUAAAUUUUUUUCUAAGCCUUGAAAAAUGAACUAUGUAGCUGAUACUGCAAAGGGGGAGUGGGGUGUAAUGACAUUUUGAAAGUGAACAUCAAACUUUGGAUCAAGUCAAAGCCUUGAUAAAUUCUAUUUUGGUCAUAGGUAGCAUUUAUAAACUUGUUAAAGUUACCACCAUAAAUUAUUACAAUCAUAUUUAUCCUCAUCAAACUAGAAUAGUUCAGAUGUGUCUCAUUUUUAUAAUAAGCUUUAUAUUUUAUCUUGAUCUACUUGUCAUUCUUUCUUAUCCAGUGACUUGUGUGAUAUGAAAGAGAAGUUGGCUCAGAUGUAAUUUACUGUGUAAAUAGGGACUGCAUGUGUUGAGAAUAAAGAGAAACAUUAUUUCUUUGUAAACUUAAAGUCUGUGUCUUUACUGCAGAAACAAAUACUGACUAGUUUGGUGAAGAUUGAGCUCAUUGUUCCAUUCUGCUGUAGAUAAAAGCUAUUUUCAAAAUUAUUGAAGCCUAUCCCAAUAGUUAUAGAUACAAACUUGUAUAUGAGGUUACUGGUAGCACCAUGUAGAGAAGUUAUUAUCAGAAUCAAUAAUUGUUUUUUUAAUUUCACAUUAACAACUAGAGUGAAGCUUAAAUCAAAGCUUUUUUUGUGUAGUUUAUUGUAUCAUAUGUACAGUUAGUGCAAUAUAAACCUUUCUUAAGUGCUGCUGUUUUGUUUACAGAAUAAGAUAAAUAGAUUCAGUGCAGAAUUUCUCACAGAAGUUUCAAGUGAUCUUAAUUCUGUUUUGAUGAGCAUGUGUUAGGAUUAGGUCUCUGAUUUUGUUAUGACUACUGACUCACUUGUUGUGUUGAUUUCAUUCCUGAUUUAGUCACUGACUUAAUUUUUUUUUUUAUUUAUGUAACAUAUCAUUUCACUAGAAAGGAGUUGGAGCUAUAUUUGUGUCCUGACUAGAAUUGAUUUGAAGUUCUGUGUGACAUUUUAUUUACUAUUGUGAAUGAGAUAAAAGUAGUAUGAUUUCCUGUAUAUAUAUUUGUCAUAAAUGUUUGAUUCAGUGUGUCUGAUGGCAUGAGAGCCAACCAGUUAGUAUUAAAUUGUAUAGAUGAAGGCUUCUCCCUUUGUUGCACCCAUUUUUGAGGUUUCAGUUGUUGUGGGUUGAACAAUCUUGCCUUUCCUGAACUUGCAUUUCAAAACAUGAAUUUAUAUACUUAACAGGGCUUAAAGCAUAAUCAAAGUAAAGCAAUAAAUUUUAAAGUAAAAAGUAGAUGUAUUUGAAAUUAAAUUAUUAUUUUUAAUUAUUAAGAGGUUAUGAUUAAUAACCUUUAGGUUUGAAGCAAUCACAGAAUUUAAAUAAAAGUUUGCGUGUACCAAAAUCUGAAAUACUAAUGAUUGCUAUUAAAAUCUAAAUGUUAUGUAUUAGUCGUUAUGUAUUAGUCUACAUAGAAUGUAAUCCUCAGAGCCAAUGAUAGACCUGUAUAGUAUACCUACCAAUAGAGGCCACAACUUUCUCUGCCCCUUCCACCACCUCAGUGUUAAAUGUCAUACUACCAUCAUUCUCUUUAUUGUUGUUCUGUAUUGGUCUACAGACAGCAACUUUCAUCUCCAUGGAUUCUCUAGUUUAUACUAACAUGUUUUGAUGUCAUGUAUUUAUUUAUUCUCCUCCAAGUUAGUUCAAUAAAAUGAUAUAUAGCGUACAAACCCAAGUCAUGUGUCUUUGUUGGCUGGCUAUAAUAAGAUUUUAUCUAGUAUAUGUGAGGAAUGUCUUCAGUGUUUUUUUCUAUGAGUCUUUUGACCCUGUACAACAGUACUGAGUGUACACCAGUCAUUAGGUCAUGUCCGAAGCUUUUUUUUUUUAAUUUUGCAUGUUUAUAUACAAUGUAGUCAAUAAAUGGCAUGCCACUAAAUAAUUGUUUCCAUUGAAUGUGUUGGAUGAAUGUUGUGGUAGCUCUUUACAAAAAUAUCUAGGUCAAUGAAUUAACUUAUGCAAGCCUGAAGACCACACAUAAGCUGUCCACCUUUUUUUAAGUUAAGUUAUUCUUUUCUUUACCAUAGAUUAGAAUGCACUCUAGCAUGACAUUCAAAUUUGAAAACAUCCACAGUAGUAUAAGAGCAAGAAAAGAAAUCAAAGGUGUUUAUGUUGAGCUUUGUAUAUGUUGGGAAAGACAAAGUGGAAAAAUAAUAUUUAGAACAAGUUCUGUCCUAUUGAAAGGGAACACCAUCUGGUUAAGAUGUUGAGAAAAACUAGGAUGUUUUGAAAUAUAAAAUACUCAAUCAAAAUUUAAGGCAUCAUUUAAUUCUAUAAUUUUUUUAGUCGUUUUUAGCACGUAAUGGAGAAUUGAACACAAAAAAACAGAACAAUUCAUUUCUUCACCCUUUUUUCCCCACUAUUUGAACAAAUGAGAAGAGUCACAAUUAUCUAGUCUCAGUCAUUAAUUUCAUUGACCUUCAACCAAAUAAAAAUCUAUCCAAAAUAAAUAAGCUUUUGUGAAUUCCUCCAAUUUUUUAAUUUUGAAAGGUCAUUCUUUUCCCAUAUUACCUUUGCAUGUAAAAACUACUAGUGAUUGUUUAUUAGUUUGCAUAGACAAAGUCUUAGUAAUAUUUUGUCGAGGACUUCAUGUUCAAAAACAAUAAAUUUAUUCCAUGACUUGUUUAGAAACCAGUGUCUUGUAUCACUUACAGCCUGUGUACAAUUAAAAGACAUAAUAAAUGUAACCAAUGAAAUUUGACUUGCUUCAGUGGAUCUUUUCAAUGUACCUGUGUUAGUUUUGCUAUUCUUUACACCUAAGCUGUCAUUGGACUGUGAUUUCAUACAAUAAAGUCUCUAAACAUUUGAAA